GGCAGGCAGAGAUUUCUCGCGUCUGAUUCAUCGUCGUUGCCGCUGGCGCUCUUGCGAAUAGCACCAGCUCGUCUAUUUCGUGCGGAUUCCCUCAAGACGAACACUUCUGCGUUCCUCAUCCAUCGUUUGCACAAUUCAUUCGUGCAGGUUUUGAAUGUUACAAAGCGUUUCUCCCGUGAGUUUCAACAGACCACAAUGGACACUCAGUCACCACCACCCAAGCCUCAUCGCGUUUCACCAGCAGAUAUGAAGAAUCCCCAGGGAGCAUGGCAGGAAGAGGAGUCACUGGAGGUCUACAGGAGGAAAAGGACACAAAGACCAACUACGGAUGGUGCACCAGAAAUUGUACGAUUCGUGAAACGCCACCCGAAGUCCACAGAAGUCGUUUACGAAACAGUGCAGCCUCGACGUGAUGGACGCAAAGAAAUCAUUCUUCUGGAGCCGGUACAACUUCGCGAUCAGUCCCCAGACAGUCUCCACGACGACUACUCUCUGUAUAGAAUGGAAGAAUAUGUCGAUGCAAGCAGUGACAUCUACACUCGAGAAAAAGAACCGGUAUACUACACAGUGGAGAAGAGUGAA